AUGAAGACCAGCGUCCUCUUUCUCCUGGCGCUCGGCCUCUGGCGCGCGGCGGCGGUCCCGGAUUAUACGUUCUUGCUGCGAGCGAGGCAGGCGGGGUGCGAUCCGCCGUAUUGCGAUAUGCCGUAUUGUGAGUGUUUGGAUGGAGACCCAGCUUGUGAGACUAGUGUUUGCUGCGAGGGAUGUUAA